ACAAUCAGUACUCAUUCAUUGAACAAUCUUUUCAUCAGAAUGCAAUUCAUUUUUCUAGAUUUGACCGAGCUUGGAAUAGACUACAUUGAUGUUGUUGUUCUUUCUAUUCCACCUUUUCUUGAUGCUGAAACACAGAUUUCUGUUAUUAGGCCAAUGUGGAGGGAGUUGGAAAAACUAAUAGAACAGUCAUAUGUUGGGGACUUGGCUGUCUGUGACUUUAGUAUGCUUGCCUUGAAGCAAUUAUGUGGAUUUGCUAAGAUUAAACCUUCAUAUGAUCAAAUAAAUCUGGCCUCAUGUUGUGUAAUGCCACAGUUUGGCAAAUCAGCAACAAAAUCAAGAUUGCUUUUUCUUACUAUCUCACGAAAGUCGCACUUCCAUUGGAAACGAUUCAGACGAAGUAAAACUGAGAAAAUUGCUCGUAAAGCAUGAGUCACCUUUGUAGUGUAAAUGCAAAUUUUCGUUUGAUAAAAUAAUGAAUAAAUGAAUAAACAAAUGUCAUUAACUAGCAAUUUUAUUCCUAAUACAUAAACUUUGGUUUUGAUUGCUAACAUAUGAUGUAUUAACUGGAAAUAUAUUUAUUAUUUAAAUAUGUUUUCUUAAAAUAAAAGAAACUCCAAUUCUAAAAA